CCAGGCGGCCCGUAGGGCAGCCACGGUCAAACGCGAGUCCAUCGGUCGCCGUCAUCGUCGAGCCGCACGGUGCAUUCGAUUCGGAAAUUAAUUCGCGGGACAAGAGUGCCAUUCGACGUCGUUCAUUUCGUCGUCUCCCCGACGACGCUGCUCCGGUGUUUUAUUCUCCAAUUUUUCCUCUCUCACCCAGUUCGCUCGCUUGACUCGGGUCGUAGCCGUACUGCACUUAUACUCGCCGCUCUCGAGUUUCUCGUCUGCUCCGCUCCUCUCGCGACUGCUGAGAUAAUACCCCUGCGCGGCUCCGUCCUUGUCUGCUGUGCUUGGCCGCGCGGAUAUGGCCGUGUUCAUGCUGAACGUCUGCAAAUUCAACUCUUGCGGACUGACGUUCAAGAGCCUGGGACACUUGAUCCAGCACAUCGAGGAGACGCAUAUCGACUAUGAUCCUCAUGUGGUGGAAAAAACGGAGCAACAGCAGCCACCCUGCAUACCACUGAGCUAUGUCCUUCGCUUUUUGACGGAUGCUGCACGAAGGGAAAAUAUCAAGCCUGUCCAGCCCACCGCCAGACCUACUCAGUCUUCCUGCCUCUCUGCCUCGACUCGUGUGAAAAGUCUCACUCUGACAGGAAGUGAGGCAGAGGAGGGCGAGGAUUUUGUUAGCGAACCCGAGGACAGCAACGAUUCUUGGACCACUUUGGAGGAGUUCUCCUCUGAUUUUAUCCUUCGUUAUGGUAGCAGGAGCGCGGCCAACCAGAGUCUAGUGAACCAGAGCAACGUCAAGGACGACAAGCCCUUCGCUUGUCCGGUACCAGGCUGCAAGAAGCGCUACAAAAACGUCAACGGCAUCAAGUACCACUCGAAGAACGGCCACAAGAACGACGGCAAGGUGAGAAAGGCGUUCAAGUGUCCGUGUGGCAAGAGUUACAAGACUCCAUACGGUCUGAAGAACCACACAGCCAUCAGGCACAACGGCAGUGUGCCUCCGUCUUUGGAUGACUCGACGAGGCCUCAUCAGAACGUCAAGCUGUCAAAGAUGAGUAACAAGGUUUCGGCGAUUCAAGACCACGGCUACAUGAAACAGGAUCGCAGCUCGUUCCUCGGUGACGACUACUGCGACGGUCUGGGCGUCUUGACCCCGGCCUCGUCGCCGCCGCUGCCCAGUCCCGCCAAAGCCGAGGCCUAUCACAAGUAUAUCACCGGUGUGAACUCUAGUCAAACGCAACAAGGCACCCUCACGUGUGAUAAUUAAUCGAUAUAUGAAUAUUUAUAAAAAAUGUCUAGUCUAAGGUCUCUCGCACAAACGGAUGUGAGGCACUCGGACUUGGAGUCGAGCCGGUAUGACAGCCGGUUUAAGAAACACAAGAAAGAAACUAGUUUUUCAAAUGCAUUUUUCUGAGAUGCCUCUGUAAAAAUGAAUUAUACAUGCAAAAAUACUUCGCUAGUACGCAGGAUUGUGUCUAGCAGUAAGCUCUAAAGUCGUGGAACUAUGUCGAUAAUUAACUACUGACUAUUGAUAUUAUAUUAUUGUUAUUGUUAUUGAAAUUUGAGAGAGGAGAAAUUCUACAUGUCUGUAGCUUCAUUGACUUCGAAUCUUACUCUCAACACGUAUCCUUGAGCGAUCGAUAUCAACCGCGUAUUCUAUAUUGUCCAUAUUGGCGUAUUGUUGAUCAAUCAUUAUUACUGCUAUUGAUAAUUAUAUUAGUGAAGUUGAAAGGAUGUAGAAACAACGAUUUUAUUACAAAUAAAGAAUGAAAAAAAUAAAA